AUUGUAGCUUUGUUUACAUUACUCACACGGACUAGAUAGAAGCUAAUAUGAGGGGCUUUUAAUUCUAAACGGAAGCAUAACUAUAUUAAAAUAUCGCUGAAUAAUAACUUUUCUUCAUUUUAGCAGCUGGAUGAGCAUCAUUUAUCAGGUUCCCAUCAGGAUGGACCAAACAAUGCGGGAUAAGCUGUCAGAACUGGUUGAGGAGCUGACUACCUCUGGGGAACCACAGCUGAAUCAAGACAAAAUGAAGGAAGUGAAGAAAAUUUGCAAAGUUUCCAAUGACUACAUUGAUCAUUUCUACCACCUGAUGAUGACCCAACUGAACCAAGAUCACGCAGAGAUCCGUCUCUCGGCCUUCCAGAUGGUCAGUGAGGUGUUCAGCCGAUCACAUCACUUCAGAGUUCUCCUCAUCACCAACCUUCAAGAUUUCCUGGAACUCACUGUGGAAACAGACAUUGAACAGCCUCUGCCUCCACCCAAAGAGGUGGCGAGAAAACUCAAGACGCUUGCCAUCCAGACCGUACAGUCAUGGCACGCCAAGUAUGGAGAGGCGUAUAAGAAACUGUCUCUGGGAUAUCACUUUCUGAAACAGAUUAAAAAGGUAGAUUUUCAUGAUGUUGAAGCAAGAACACUUGCUGAGAGGAAGAGACAAGAGGAGAAACAGAAGAGACUGGAAAGAAUUUAUAAAGACAAGCUUGACAAGGCCAAACAGGAGAUGGAAGAAAUGACCGCUACCAUGGAGGAAAACUUGACUGAGAUGAACAACUGCAUAAAACUUCUCACUCCUGAUGACUUGAACCUGUUUAAUGAGGAACCGGCAGCAGCUAGCGCCUCUACUGAAGCUGAGGACAUAUCUGACCUGCCCUGCUGCAGUAAAGACCUGAGCCAUGAGCAGAAUAGACAGAUGAUAGAAAAGAAGAAUGAGGAAGAGCAAAAAGACAAGUCUAGUGAUGAAAGCGACAUGGAGGAGGUUCCAGAUGAGGAUGCGUUUCUCCGCAGCACUGGUUUAAUGUCUCAUCGAUAUCAACUGGAGCUCAAUGUGUCUACAGAUUUAAAAGUGAGGGAGACGGAGGAGAAUGAGGCAUUAAUAAACACUGUGAGGGAUCUUCAUAGACUCGUCACAACCAGACACCUGCCUCUGGUGCAAUCUUGGAUCCAGGUUUUUACAAAGGUUGGCGUAGAGGAAGAGCUAAUGCGAAGAGCCACUGAGUUGAAAAAGUCACUGGAGAAUGCAUUGAAAAAACAUGAACAUCUUCAUUUAGACUACAAGGACAGAGAGAGAAGAGUGAUGAGAGCUCCUGAGGAUGGAGAAGAGGAUGAUGAUGAUUUCGAAGAGGUGCCGGAGAAGGAGGGCUACGAACCGCAUAUUCCUGAACAUCUGCGGGCAGAGUACGGUCUUAAUGAAGCUCCAUCAACAUCUACUUCUGUGGCCAAACCAAAGCCAUCAAAGCCUGCAGUCAGACCUUCAGUUCCUCCUGUGUCCUCCAGCCUCUCUCGACUCAAGAAGAAGAUGCGUGAUGAAGAGGAGGACCCCACUUGUGCUGCCGCUACUCUGCGUGUGCUCAAACAGAGGCUUGUUUCUGCCCCAUCCACAAGUGUAUCAGAUGAUUCUGCUGAGCCUGCCAGUAGCAGCGCUGAUCAGGGUGACAUGAACAAGGAUAAAGCCCCAUUGGUUCCGUUUGGUGUGGAUCUUUACUACUGGGGAGAGGAGCAGCCCACUGCCGGCCUGAUCAUCAAGAACACCUCCCAGCACCAGUUCUGGGUGCCACAUGAGGUGGAGGAGGAAGUGGAGAACAAGGAGCUGUCUGCACAGAUGAAGUCGAGAUAUAUCACAUUCGCUGGGAAGUUUAAACCUGUGGAGCACAAGUGCAAAGCGCCAAUGGCAAAUGGAUCUCUGUGUGAGCGUCAGGACAGAGUAAAGUGCCCAUUCCAUGGAUGCAUUAUCCCUCGGGACGAGCUAGGCCGGCCGAUUAACCCAGAAGAUGCAUUGCGAUUAGAGAAAGAAAAGAGAAAACGCGAGGAGGAGCAGCCAGACUGGCGAGACCCUGAACUCAUGAGGGAGAUUGAGGCAGCGACUGGAGAAGAUCUGGGUUCCUCAAAGACGUUCGGGAAGGGAAAAAAGGGAAACAAAGGGAAAAAAAAGAAGUACCCAAACCUUACAGACUUGAAGCAAAAUGCCAACACGUCACGUGCCAGACUAGAGAAGAAAGUCUUCAACAAGAGCUCCAUGAGACGAGUAACAGAGGUCAUGGUCAAGAUGGACAAGCGGAAACAUGAGAAAUUUUCAAAUCAGUUCAACUAUGCGUUGAAUUAAAGGAGACAGACUCACCUCCACACACUUUGGAUUUUACCUCAGUACAUUAAGUGCAGCUCCCAGCAACAAAGCCUUAAAUAAAGUUGAAUAAACUUUGAUAAAUAUAAACACUGAAGAUUAUCAUUUUAAAAUGCCUGUCGUCAUAUUAAAUUAUUAUUAUCAUUUUUUGCAUCUGUAUAUAAACAACUAAUUUAAAGUUGGUAAAUUAUAUAUUUUACAUCUUCAAUCCAAUGUAUUUUUUCCCCACAAUUUUUGUCAUUAUUUGCUUUGUUCAUUAUUGUAUUUAUGUGAUUCUGAUGUUUAAAUAUCACCAUACUUUUGCCAAAAUGUUUUAUCAAUGUAUGCAAAUAUAAUUUGAAUAUUCUGAAUGUUACUGAUGGCACAAUAAAUACAUUUCUUACUUUGUAUAUAUAUAUAUAUAUUCUGUCAAAUGCAAUUCUGAAACAAAAAUUGGGUGAUAUUUUUGAAAGUGAAAUGAUUUAGAGCUGAAAUUGUAAUGCUGUUUACACAUCAAGAGUAAGAUUGUUGUGUCUAAGAAUACUCAAAAGAAAUAUUCAAUUAUGUGCAACUUUAUUAAUAUUUUAUUAUUGAGGUUUGCAUGGUUUUCAAGUACAGUUGCCUCAGUAUAUGCUUGCAGUUUCCCUUUUUCAAUGAGCCCCUCUGAAACUGUAACUGCACAAUUGUUUAAUAUAAUUUAUUAGUGUAGCAAUAUUAUCGUAAUUAUUCAUACGACUAGUGUUUCCUGGUGUAGCAACACUAAAGCAAAGAGGCUCACAGAAGUAUUUUUGCAUGAUUUAUAAAUACACUAAAUAGAGCAAAAUUAGGUGUAUAUUGCUGAAAAAAAAUGCCAUUGAAUAUGACAGAAGAAAUGAAUGUUCUUUGAAUGUGCUUUGAGUAUGUAAUCGGGCAGUGCUCUGUAGUGACAGAAGUGAAUAGAAACUCUCUAAACUGAAUAUGGAGACUCAAAGCAGAUAUCGACGUGGAGAGGAAACGCAUUAAAGUACGCGCUUCAAGAAUCCCAGGACAAAAUGUAUAAAAAUAUCACAUAUAAUGUCACUGAAACAUUACUGAUAUUUCGUAAGAUAAACUUCAAAUAUUUUUUUCACGGAAAACAGAUCGUCGACGGGGAUGUUUGAGAAUAUUAAAGGACUAAUUCUGUAUUUCCGUGCGUUUAUUAACUCGAAAUAUUGUAUGUGCAUGUGAAACAUUAGUUAUCUGACAGCAUCACAUUAAAAUAUGCUUCUCUGUAGCAACCAUAACAAAUUAAACAUUUUAAUAAUCACAUUGAUAAUACGCAACUAACGCUGUAAGCCUCUGAAAAUGCUAUUUAAACGUGUGACCCUGAAAACAGGCAGGAAAAAAAAAAUCUGGACAAGUUUAAAUGAAAAUAAACAUUUAAAAAGUGAAAAAAUUGCACACAUUUAACUCAAAAUUCGCACAAAAAUACAAAAGAAAUAAUCCAUAAAAAAAGAUAUUUUCUUGUGGAAUGCAGGAGCUCGUUUGUGUCUAAUUGUGGAGAAUAUGUAUUGAUUAAAAUAAUAUUUUAAGAACAUUUAAUGCCAGAUUAGAGAAGCCAAAAUAUGAAGUAGGCUAUGCACUGAAAACCUUUAAUCACUUCAUCAAGGAGAUGCAUAAUAGAAUAUUUCGUUUGAAUGUGUUGAAGAACAUAAUAAUUAAUAAAAGUGCAUAACUUUAAUUACCAAUUUAGUAGAAUAUACCAUAUUAAAUCCCAUUAUCAUUCAUGUCUAAUUACUUAAAUACAAAAAAAAUGAAAUAUAUGUUGUGCAAAAAUAUUUUAAACCAACACAAAAUUAAGGUGUAUAUAGGCCUGAUUGAAAUAUUUCAGUACAUGGAUUUUAAAAAUGCAGUGGCCAAAAUGACAAGUAAUUGGAUAAUUGAGCAACUAUCAAAUCAAUAAGCCAUUUUAAAGGAUAUUAUGUCAUUAGUGAGCUAAACAUCCAUAAUUAGGACUACUACAAUAUGUGCCUUUUUCUAACCAUUAAAAUGUGUGUUUUGUUACAAAUGUUCUGUGUCAUUUUUAUUAGUUCUUAUUUAAUUAACCGAAAAUAAAGAUGAUUAGGUAAAUCUUCCUAUCAUCGAUUGCACACAGAAAGUUUUUUUCUCCUUAAGUGUAAAUGCUCUUCGUAAAUAUGUACAUGAAAAUCUAUUUGAAGAUGUUUAAAAUGUAAGCAUGUUCGAGUUUCUCACAUCGAAAUUA